AUGGUGAGUCCAUGCCCGUCCGUGCUGCUGCGAUGCGUUGGGGGUACCUCGUCCUUCGGUAAGCGGCACACAAAGUCGCACACGCUCUGCCGCCGCUGCGGGCUGCGUGCGUUCCACAGGCAGCACAAGACUUGCGCCUCGUGCGGCUACCCCUCCGCUAAGAUCCGCUCGUUCGAGUGGGGCCAGAAGGCCAAGCGCCGCAAGACGACUGGUACCGGCCGCAUGCGCUACCUCAAGACGGUCUCCCGGCGGUUCAAGAACGGCUUCCGGGAAAACACCGUGGCCAAGAAGCGCGUCCGUGCUUCCGCCGAGUAG